AUGAACAGCAGAUUUGUGUGUGUUGCUUUUGUGUUGUUGGCCCUAUUGUCUGUGUGUCAGGCUUUGACCUUACCAAUCACUACUAAGGCAUACUUUGGUGGAUCUUUCAGCACUAUUAAAGGACAAUCAGUGAAUAACAUUGGUUACUAUGAUCUAAAGACCAAGUUGUUCGAUUCCUUGGAGGGUGGUGCUAAUGGUCCUGUACAAUGUAUUCAUGUCGAUAUUUUCGGUUUUGUUUAUGCUGGAGGUCGAUUCUCAUCGGUUGGUAGCGGAAACGCCUCUCUUUCCCUUACUGCUCCUAUUGCUUUCCAUGGUUUAAACUUUUCUGCAACAAAUGUUAAAAACGUUGAAACUGAUUCCAAGUGGUUGAGCGUUGUGAAUAACGGAGCUUACAUGAACGUCAAUGCCCAGGUUAGAACUAUUGCUACUGACUACAAGGUUUCUUCCAUCAAUAGCAUGCUUGGUUCUGAUCUAAGAGACGUUUAUGUUGGUGGUGACUUUACACUCUACCAAAACGGAGAGAGUAGCAUCAGCAACCUCGCAAGAUGGUCAUACACUCAGAAAAAGUGGGUUCCACUUGGAAGUGAGACUGUUACCAAUGUCAAUAAGGUCGUUAAAAGUGAUUAUGCGAUUUUCAAUAGCAACAAGGUCUAUGUAGCAGCCACUUUUACAGGAAGAUCUUCCACCUAUUUUGGAGUGUAUGAUGUGUCCACUGACUCCUGGUCCUUCCCUUCCAACGGACCAACUUCAACAGUUACAGAUAUCUAUUACAACGUUAAUGCCUUGUCAACUGAUGAUAUCUUUGUUGUCGCUACCACAUUUGGAACUUCUGGUUGUGUAGGUAUUUGCAACUAUAACCACAAGACUGGUGCCUGGUCUGUUGUUGCCAACGUGCAAGUCAGAAGUGGUCAGUACUUUAAUACCAUUGCUUAUGUUAAGGGAUUCAGUACAUCCAUGGGUUCCAUCUUCUUGGGAGGAUCUAACAUGGAUGACAAAGUCAAUGUUUUGAAAUCAGCAGGAAAAAGUGAUUUUGCAGCUCUUGGUGCAGACAGUUGGCCAGGUACCAACACAGCUGUGUCUGCUUUGGGAACAUGUGGUAUUGAGAAUACAUUUGCUUCCAUUACCAAGUGUACCGCUGGAUCAGUUUUUGCAGCAACUGGAAAUACUUUGAACUUCUAUGAUGCAUCAACCAACAAGUGGUCAACUGUGUUCAAUACUUCAAGCUCGUUGGACGGAAUCUACACUGUCAAAGUAUAUUUGGAUGCCUCAGCCUCCACUACAUUCACUUCCAUGGCUCUCAUCUUGGUUUUAGUGGUAUUGGCUUUAUUGAUCUAA